UCGCAGCGGCUCUUUAUGAUCCUUUGGCUAAAAGGCGUGAUAUUUAAUGUCACAACAGUUGACCUAAAGAGAAAGCCUGCCGACUUGCAAAAUUUGGCACCGGGCACAAACCCUCCAUUUCUGACCUUCAAUGGAGAAGUCAAAACAGAUGUUAACAAGAUAGAAGAAUUUCUGGAAGACAAAUUGGUACCACCAAGGUAUCCAAAGCUUUCUGCCAGAUAUCCAGAAUCAAAUUCCGCAGGAAAUGAUGUGUUUGCCAAGUUCUCAGCAUACAUUAAAAAUGCCCAGAAAGAUGCAAAUGAAAGUUUGGAAAAGGCUCUAUUGAAAGCUCUGAAAAAGUUAGAUGAUUAUUUAAACACACCUUUACCUGAAGAAAUUGACGCCACUAGCACAGAGGAAGAUAUUUGCUCAAAAAGAAAAUACCUAGAUGGAGAUUACUUGACUUUAGCAGAUUGCAAUCUCCUGCCAAAGCUUCACAUUAUCAAGAUUGUAGCACUGAAAUACCGAAAUUUUGAAAUCCCAAAGGAAAUGACUGGAAUUUGGAGAUACUUGAACAAUGCGUAUGAAAGAGAGGAAUUUGUAAACACGUGCCCUGCUAAUCGUGAGAUUCAGAUUGCAUAUUUAGAUGUUGCAAAGAGAAUGAAAUAA